AUGAGCUCCAUGCAAUCAGACUCCACUGCAAAUGUGACCUUUGUUCGUCCUGCAACAUUUUUCAUUAGUGACUUUUCUGAUGUCCCACAUGCAAAAUAUUACUAUGUGUUCUUGUCUUUGGUGUAUGUUGUGACUGUUUUAGGGAAUUCAUUUAUCAUGUGUAUCAUUUAUUUGGCCCGCAGACUUCACACAGCCAAAUACAUUGCUGUUUUCCAUCUGGCCCUUUCUGAUCUGUGUGGAAGCUCGGCUUUAAUUCCAAAUAUCAUAGAAAUGUUUUUAUUUGAUCAUCAGGAGAUUUCAUAUGAGUCGUGCUUAACAAAUAUGUUUUUUGUGUAUCAUUUCAUGAAUCUGCAGUCUUUGACACUUCUUGCUUUGGCUUAUGACAGACUGGUUGCUAUUUGUUUUCCUCUACAAUAUCAUGCCAUUGUAACCAAAACAGCCAUGUUUCUGAUCAUAGGCGUGAUGUGGAUUGUGUCUGUAACAUUUUUUUCUGUUCUUGUAGGUUUAGUGAAUAGAAUCUCUUUUUGUAGGUCUAAUGUACUUAAUAGUUAUUUUUGUGACUAUGCCCCAAUCUGUAGACUAGCUUGUAACGAUAAUACGAUAAAUAUUUUGAUGGGUAAAAUUUCUUAUGGCCUGCUGAUUUGCACACCGCUGAUACUGAUUGUCAUCUCAUAUUUCUGCAUUUCUUUGGCUCUGCUUAAGAUUGCUCAAGGUGCUGAACGGAUCAAAGCUAUAAAAACCUGCACCUCACAUCUCAUGUUGGUGGCAAUGUUUUAUCUCCCUGUUUUUAGCAAUAUCAUUGCAGCUGUAACAACACCUUUGCAUCCAAAUGUUCAAAUAAUUAACAAUUCCCUGACACAGGCGAUACCACCUAUGCUGAAUCCCAUCAUAUACACUCUAAAGACAGAGGAGGUCAUGCAAUCCAUAAAAGAACUGUACAAACGAAGCACAGUGAACACUACUACAAAAAGAGAAAUUAAAUGCAGUAGGCUAAAUUAA